AUGGAAUGCAUAGGAGUUUUACCAGUACCUGAAGAUGUUAUACCACCAGCAAAUAUACCUCUAUUCGGAAUCCUGGUGGAAAAUACUACAGAACCGGGACAGUGCUAUUUCUGUUUUGAACAGAUUGAUGGAAACGAACUACUUGCGAUGACGAUGCAAUGCUGUCAACAAAAAGCUCAUUGUCGAUGCCUCCAGAUGUGGGCGGUACAUUACAACGGAACAGAUAUCGAAACCGUACAGUGCGGGUACUGCAGAGCACCAUUCCCGGACAAGGAACUCUGUUAUCUGUGCUUACAGAACAAAAGCAACGGACAAGAACUGAACAAAACCCGAUGCUGUCAAACAACGAUCCAUAAGAACUGUACGGAAAUACUAAAGGAAAUACUGGCCAAGCUGACAUUCGAAUUUUCGCUAGAAUGUGGUGAAUUAACCUUCUGUGGAUGCAUCUGGCACAAACUCUAAAAACAUAAUUAUCAAAAUCUCUACUGUAAACUACUGUAAAACCUAAUAAAUUGUUUUCAAAUAUUCAUCGUUGUACGCCAUUCUGAACAUUUCCUUAUUUUCGGGUUUCCAUGAUGUCAUUGCUUCCGCCGCUCCUGCAUACUAAUUACUUCCGGCGCUCUAUUCGCUCCUGCAUACUAAUUACUUCUGCCGCUAUACGGGACUUCCGCCGCUAUACGGGGGGGGGGUAAUACUACUGGUAUGUAAAGAACAGUGUGGAACCACUUUUACAACAAGUUGCAAAGACAGGUGUGAUUGAAACGGAAAGAUGCGAAACAAAAGAAAAUUUUGAGAAGAAAGCAGUAGAGGAGCUAGAGAAAGCUUGGAUUGACAAGAAAAUGUAUGGACAAUACAACAGAGAUUUAGGUAAAGAAGUGGAUAGGGAGAAGACAUGGUGGUGGCUGAAGAAAGGAGACUUGAAACCUGAGACUGAAGCACUUCUUUGUGCUGCACAAGAACAAGCUCUAAGGACAAAUUAUGUAAAGUUUCACAUAGAUAGAACUGUUGAGUCUCCACUCUGUAGACUUUGUGGGGAAAAGGGAGAGCAUAUAACACACUUGAUAAGUGAAUGCAAGAAGCUAGCACAAAAAGAAUACAAACGAAGACAUGACAAUGUGGCUCGCAUUGUACACUGGAAGCUAUGUGGAUUGUACCAACUAGAGAAAGCUGAAAAAUGGUAUGAACACCAACCAAACGGAGUAAUUGAAUCAGAUAAUGUAAAGAUUCUCUGGGAUUUUAACAUACAGUGCGAUCAUGUGAUUGAAUGUCGAAGACCUGAUAUUGUAGUGGUUUUAAAGAAGGAAAAGGAUGCAAGAUCAUCGACAUCGCAGUUCCAGGGGACUGUAGAAUUGGUAUAA